AUGGCUCUCGUUUCAAUUAACGCCCCAGGCCUCAGCAGUGGCCUUCUAUACAACAAUGGCGAUAACAACGCGCGGGUCUGUGUUACCUCGGAGACCAACGAAUUCGACAUGGAGACGAUCAAGGCCUGGCAGGAUGAAGGAUUUGACGUGGUGUACCUUCCAUUCAACGGCGGUGGAAAGGACUAUGCGAGUCGGCUGAUGGGUGUCAAAGAAGGAUGUGGUGUCGGAGAAAACUAUGCGGUAAUUGCGUACGGUGAGGCCGCAGACUACUGCUUGGACUACUACAUGAACCCUAUGAAAUCGAGUCGACUUUGCGCCCUUGUCGCAUACUAUCCUAGCGUUAUUCCCGAUACUCGCCAGCGAUUCCCACUGUCCCUGAAGGUGUUGGUGCAUCUGGCUGGACCGUCCGUGGAUGUCACCACUCAGCCCCAGGUCGCUGGGCUGCAGGGCAAGAGACGUCGCAAGACCAAGCCCCUUAACCCUGGUAUUGGAACCGGCGAGCGCAUGGACUUGGCAUAUCCGGCAUUUACCUAUGAUCAUGCGCAACCUGGGUUCGCGGAGCACGAUAUGGAGGAGUACGAUCACCUUGCCGCGGAUAUCGCUUGGACGCGGACCGUUCAAACUUUGCGUAAAGGAUUCUGUCGCGAGGUGGAUCUGGAACGACGCUGGGAGGAGCACCAAGAAGGAAAAUACUUUGGAACGAACCUCUCCAAGGCCAUGGAAGGAUAUACCAAGGAAAGGACGCCGAGCGUCACAUACGGCCCGACACUUAGCGGCGGUAUUGGCACGCCAGCCCUUCGCCGUUUCUACGAACACUACUUCCUAGGCCGCCUGCCGCCCUCAAUGCGCAUCCGCCUUCUGUCACGAACAGCCGGACCGGACCGUGUCGUCGAUGAAUUGUAUAUCUCAUUCGAACACAGCCAGGAAAUUCCCUGGAUGCUCCCCGGCGUUCCUCCAACAAACAAACGUGUCGAGGUCAUACUAGUCAGUAUCGUGAGCAUGCGCGGUGGCCGCCUCUACUCCGAGCACACAUACUGGGACCAAGCGAGCGUCCUCGUUCAGACCGGUCUUCUCGAUCCAAAGCUCGUUCCAGGUUCGGUCCAGGGUGUCGAUAGACUCCCCGUCGUCGGCCGCGAAGCUGCACGUCGAAUCCUGUACGAAGACCCCGAGGUCGAGCAGGAAGACUACCACAACCGACUUAUUCGUCGUGCGAAUGCUCGGGCACGUAAGGGCAAGAGCUCGACUGCUUCUCUGGCGGAUGAGUCUGCGGCCGAGAAUAAUCUGCCCGGGAAGAAGGAUACGAAUGGGAAGACUGUUUUGGAGAACCGUCCUGCGCCGAGUAGGACUGGGACGAAGAAGUCAGAGGCCAAGCCCAAGGAGACAGAGGCCAAGCCCGAGAAGGCAGAGGACAAGCCCGAAGAGACAGAGGCCAAGCCCGAAGAGGAGGAUGGGGAUGAGACUGAGACUGAGUCAACUAAGCCGAAGGCGGAGAAUGGGAAUGAGUCUGAGUCGACUAAGCCGACGGUGGAGAACGGUGAUCGAUCAGCUACUGUUGAGGAUGAAGGAGACGAGUAG